GCACGCAAUCGGCCCGACCCCUCGUCGCUCUGUAAGUGCUGACUGUUGCUCUUUGAUCAGUCAAAUGAGCUUCGGCAAGGGGAAUGGAUUGGGAAUCAGCACCCACGCCUCCUUGGAAUAGGCCUUGAAGGCCUCAUACCGCGAGAGCGAUUUGUCCUUGCUGCGAAUCUGCACACACACAAAAGAUACACCACAGCCAUGCGUGUGAUGCAGCCAGCCACCCAACGUGAUGCAGUCGUGCUGAUUGAUUGAUGCUCACGUUGGGUGUGAAGACGAGCAGCCACCAGGCCAGGCACACAAACCAGCCGAUCCACGCCUUGGCUAUCAGAAGGUAACUGACAGACAGACAGACAGACAGACAGACAGACAGACAACCAGCGAUGAGAAUGAAUCUCUGUGUGUCUGUGCACCCUCCCACUUACACACCCGAUGUAAAGCAGAAUCUCGCCAAAGUAGCUGGGGUUCCGUGUGCGGCAGAAGAGCGCCUCAGUGACCAGGCCCUUCCGGAACUUUAGUGUGGUCAUCAGCUGUGCGUCACUGACAAACUUGAGGUACAUGCCCAUGACGUACACGACCAGGGCCACACACACACGGGCGGGGUGCAGGGAGCGAGUGGUGCUGGCGAGCGACCAGGGGAUGACCAGGUAGCUGUUCGCCGUCACGAAAGUCAUGACCCAAUAGGGAAACGGUAUCUUGUACUCGAAGUUCUGACAGUCUCACGCAGAUGGAUGGAUGGACAGAGCAGAGUGGCAGAGUGGCAGCCAAACAACAACCAAACCAUGCCUAUAUGCCGACCUUCAAUGGGAAGAAUUGGGCGCUGACGAGCCAGCAGACCGAGUACAUGCCAUGCAUUGCAAGAUAGACAAACAUCGGCGUCUCGUAGUUCCCGUAAACCACCAUCAUCAACACGACAAAGAGGGGGCAGCACACUGAGCGCACACACAACAAAGACGAACAGCAUCACAUGAGCGGAGGUGGACACGUCGCUCCUGCAGGUGCCGCCCAUCUGUGUCUGUAUUUCGUACCUUUGUGCAGGUUGAUUGCCUGGUUGGGAGUGGACGUGCCUGAGUUGAGAUGAGAGAGCAGACAUAUGUGUACAGACGGGCGGAUGCGGCAGUACAUAUGUGUCAAACGUGCCGAACGUAUGCGAGAACUGUAUCUGCUCAGCGCUGAGGCCAUAGUUGGAGGCGCCGGGCUCCCGUCCCAAUUGAGGUACUCCGGAUCCCUCCCUGCCGCCCUCUGCUGCCUCGUUGCUCUGCUUCGGUGCAUCCGCCAUAGCGGCGCAGAUCUGCGUCGAUGAAGAAAGAUCUCUUCUGGCGGCGGUGGAAGGUGACUACGCCAAUAGUCCCG